AUGGCGAUACGUUUUCAGCUUCUUCUUAUUCCUCUCUUCUCAGCUAUUCUUCUUCUUGCCGUCGCCGUUACGGUAUCCGAAGGGUACUCCACGACGACGCCGUUUCAAGGACAUAAGCCGGAGAAACUCACCCACCUCCAUUUCUACUUCCAUGACGUCAUCACCGGUGACAAACCCACCGCCAUAAGAGUCGCCGCGCCCCCAGGAACAAACUCCUCCUCUGUUUCAUUCGGUGUGGUUAUGGUCGCCGACGACCCGUUGACUGAGGGAGCCGAGCCGACCUCGAAGGAAGUCGGGAGAGCUCAGGGGAUGUAUACAUCGACGGACAUGGACAUCAUAAGCUUCACAAUGGUCUUUAACUUUGUGUUCACGGAAGGAGAGUUUAAAGGCAGCACCGUCGCGAUGUAUGGACGGAAUCCGAUCAUGUCUAAGGUGAGAGAGAUGCCGAUCAUCGGAGGUACCGGUGCGUUCAGGUUCGCUAGAGGCUAUGCACAGGCCAAGACUUAUAAGCUUGUUGGUUUAGAUGCUGUGGUCGAGUACGAUGUUUUCAUUUGGCAUUAA